UGGAGGGUUUCUCUGCCUGGUGAGGCAUUCACAUCCUAAAGCCCAUGUGGUAACAUCCAGCAUUGCUUGGCUUCCCCUGCGCAUUGGCCUGAACCCAGGGAUUUGAAGUAGACAGGGCAGACAGACAGAGAGAAAGAGAGCUAAAGUGUAUGUAUGCCUGAGAGAGCUAGACGAGUUUGCAAGGAGAGAAAAAAGAACAGAGGACUGGAGAACAGAAGAAGGGAAGAAGCAGGUGAGAGGCGAACAGUUGAAAAGGAAUCUUGAAGACCAAGUGGUGAAGAAGAUCGAUUAGCUGACUGCCCACUAUAAAUCUACUGACAUGGCAACCAUGGAAGCACUGGAGUCCACAAGUGCUCAGCUGGAGCCACAAACCCUCACUGAGAUCUCAGACGACGAGGUCAACCUGCCUCCCUCAGACGAUGAAGAGGAUGUCCUCGCUGCAGCAAAGAAAGAGCUGUCCACCAUGGGUACAGAGGGGGAUGCUGCUGAAGACAAAGAUGAUGUCAUGAAGAUUGACCCGCAGGUGAAUGGGGUGAUGGUGCUGUCUUUGCUUGACAAGAUCAUCGGAGCAGUGAACCAGAUCCAGCAGACCCAGACUGGGCUGGAGGUCAGGCAGCAAGAGAUGGAGCGCUCCGUGGGCAACAUCCAGGGCGAGCUGACCAAACUGACCAAGAGCCACAGCACCACAUCCAACAGUGUCAACAAGAUGAUGGAGAAGGUGAGCAAGGUGAGCGUCAACGUCAAGACUGUGCGGGCCACCCUGGAGAAGCAAGGGGGACAGAUCAAGAAGCUGGAGAACAACGAGGCCGAGCUGCUCAAGAGACGCAACUUUAAAGUCAUGAUCUACCAGGAUGAAACAAAAGUUCCCUCAAGACUCAGUAUCUCUAAAUCCAUGAAGGUCUCUGAGUCUGUGUCAGGAAGCAGGGGAGGCAGCCUGCUAGAGCUCAAGGAAGCUGUGGAUGGUGCUGGAGAGGAAGGAGUAGAAGGAGAGAAGGAAGACAGACCUCAUGUAGACCUGUCAUCAGAUGAGGAGGGGGUGGAGAUUGAGGAGACCAUUGAGGAGUCUCGUGCUGAGCGCAUCAAGCGCAGCAGCCUGCAACGUGUACAAAACCUGAAGAUGGCCUUCUCCAAGGAGAAGAUGGAUAAGACCAGGGCAAAGACCAAGGAUAACCUGGAGAAGACCAAACAAAAAACCAAGGACAACCUGGAGAAGACAAGGCAGAAGACAAAAGAGAACCUGGAAAAGACCAGACAGAAAACCAAGGAGAACUUAGAGAAGACCAAACAGAAGACCAAGGAGAACCUGGAGAAGACACGCCACAACAUUGAAAAGAAGAUGGGAAAACUUGGAACACGCAUGAGUGUCAACCCUGAGCGCAAGCAGAAGAUGCAGACAUCCCGUGACAAGGUGAAGAAAUCUUUCACACCUGACCAUGUUGUUUAUGCCCGGUCCAAGACUGCUGUGUACAAGGUGCCCCCCUUCACCUUCCAUGUCAAGAAAAUCCGUGAGGGUGCCGUUGAGGUGGUACAAGGCACUGAGAUGGUGGAGGUGUCCCAGGAUGCUGACCCCUUCAGUGGAGUGGAUGGGGAGGUUGAGGAGGGAGCAGUAGAAGUUGAGAUGGAAAUGAUGAAUGGAGGAGGGGAUGAGGAAGAGGCUGAUGAGGAAGAAGAAGAAGUAGAGGAGGACAGCCACGAAGCCCUGCACGAGAAUGAGGAUAGAGACAGAGACAGCGACUAGAUAAAAAACAAGGAAUUUGCCAUGACCAUAACCAAAUUUCUUGCACCAACCCUGAGGUUCUUUUGUAAAAACAGAAUCAAUUGUGGGGAUUUAGAAGAUAGUUAAAGAAUAAUUCCCAUUUAUCACAUCUUAGUGCCUUAUUUUUUUGAUUUUGGCCAUGAUUCCUAUCAGACAAUAACUUUAUAUUCACCAAGGUAAUUGUUAAUAUCUUGGAACAUGGUGGGAUGAUGGUGAUCACUUUAACAAAGUAUGAUGGAUCAGUCAGAUGAUCAGACCAAACCAAACCAGCAGUCCAUAAAGUAAUCUAGACGUCUUUGCUUGGAGGCCAAACUGAAAGUGAGUCCACCUAAUAUGUAAUUAUCCUUCAUCGCAGAGGAAAACCAUAUGCAAGCACAACAGUAUGGUAGGCCAAAGCAGAACCAGGAGGUUGGAAAUGGAAAAUAUUUUUUUACCUUAGACCCCUGUUUUCUCUUCCAAAUAAACUGUCUGAUCAUCUGUCCCUUUCUUGCCCCGAUGGACUUCUUUUUUAUCAAGGACACCCAAGGCUGGAUUACCAACCUGGCAAAGUGGAUAACUGCCCAAGAACUUCAGGGGCCGCAAAAACUCCUGUCUUACUCUGUGUCAGUUGCUUUGUGCUAAUUUAAUUAAAACUCCAUGCUCAUUUUAGCCUCUUUCAGCUCAUUGUUUUGGUUUUACGAACUUUAUUACAUUAGGUCAGGUUUCUCCGCUCUCACUAGUGUCUUUUUUCAGCAGCAGCAGCAGCAGUUAACUGUUUUCAGCUAAUAGGCUCCAAUAAACCCACAGUGUACUACCUGCCCAGCACCAAACAACAGACAGACAUAGCUGGUGGUCAUAGUGGAGCAUUUAGCAGCUAAAGAAACACUAGUUUUUCUCAGGAGUUGGUGGAGACCAAACCAGAACUAAAAGGAGACUGAAUAUUGGAUAAUGGAAUACUCAUGUUGCUCUGUGUCUGCUAGAUGUGUAAAUAGACAACUGCAUGCUAACACAUUUACAAUGUGUCACAGCUUAUUCUGAAAUCAAGGUUUAAGUGUUGUGCUUCCAUGUUGUACAUUCUUAAAUUAAUUUGAGUUUUAUCAAAUUACCGCACAGCAAAUCCAGGGUCAUGUAGUAUUCUGGCUUAGAAAAACUGAACACACCACAGAGAGGGUGGAGCACCUGGAGGGUAGUAGGGCCUUGUACUUCCUGUCAUGCCAUUGGUUGGCAUAUUCCCAAAUCUCAACAAUUAACUUGGUAAGUACAAUGUUAUUAUUACCAAUGGGUAUAAUCACCCAAACAUAAAUAAUGGGGACAAUAUGGAAUUAUUCUUUAACAACUAUAUGUUGGGUGCUUUAAAAAGUCAAACCUUAAUGGGCUUAAUGAAAAUCUCUCCAUAUUUACAAUAUGAGUCUUUUGGUGUUUUGGUGCUGGAGAUGAUCAUUAAAAUUAAAAGAAGAAGAAGAAAGAAGACACUUAAAAAAAUGUUGUAGUGGGCCGAACUUGGAGGUGGGGUGGGGUUGGGCAAUAGCAGAACUCAUAUGAUCAAGUGAUCAUUAGGGGGAGACACCAUCACUCCCCUUGCAAGAAAGUGUACAUUUUUCAAGAUUUACUUUGUUGUUGCUUAUUUUAAAUCAGAAUGCUAACCACUCACAUCUAUUAGGGUGAGAAUAUGGAAAUGACUUUUCUCCUGUCCAUUGAGUUUCAAUAGUAUUUGUUGUACAUAAAGCAAAUGAUCUAAUGGAUUGUUGGGUUGCAGAUUCCCAAUGGUCAAAUUAUUCAUAAACACAGAGUACAUAUUCAUACUCAUACCCUUAUUUUUUAGAAAUAUUAAAUAUCACAUACACAAAAUAUGAAUUCACCCCUUCGUUUUUCAUCCGUUUAAAUACUGAAGUGUUAUUUUACUGUGCUAAAUUUACUCACUAUUUAGAAGCACAGUGAUUCUGUCGUAAUUUCUAGGUUUUGAUGAGUUCACAGUUAAAUAUUUGUGUAUGAUUUUGUAUGUGAUCACACUUUACACAAGGCUGAUGUCAUCCCCUUUUCAUUUCUGACAGAAUGUAGACUGACAGCUGUCUUUUCAGCACACCUUGUUUCAUGUAAUAUUCUUAUGUAACAUGUUCUGCCAGUGUUUCCAACAAGUCACUAAUACCCAUAAAAAUGAAGGUCUGAAAAACACAAAGUAGAGACAGCUCAUUUAUAGGUCCAUUACAUUGCACUCACCAAUGUUAUUCACUUCUAUUAUUUUCUCAUAAGAAGUUUCUUCCUAAACGUGUUAUGUGUUAUUUAAAGGUGUGUUUCAUAAAAUGACAUAAGGACCAAUACUUUCAGCAAGUCUCAAUAUAGCCUGUUAUCCACACUGUGUCCUCUUGAGGUCUACUCACAGGACAGAAGUUUCAAGAAACAUUUAUUGCUGUGGUCUGCUACUGACCCCUAGUGUCCAUUCAUCUCGUUAUGAUUUUUGUCAGGUCCAGAUUAAAGACACAUUUCCCCAGAGUGUCCAAUUGUUGUCAUUCAAAAAUGUCAUUCCUUUAUUAUCCACAUUUACUUGUUUGUAACAAGUUGUAUACAUGUGUUUUUAUCUAUUCUCCACUACUUGUGGUCUAUGAUGAGUGCCUUGUAAGAAUGAAUUCAGGAGUUAAUGUUUUUCAUUCUCGAAUGUUCUGCUCUGCCUGCAUCUUUUUCUUAGUAUACACAAGAUAAAUUCCCAUCUAUCGAUGCAUUUUCUAAAUUAAUCCAGUUCGGGGAAGCGUGGAUUGGAAUUUAUUUCGGCAUACUUUGGACAGAGGGGGUACAGAUAAGCAGUCUAUCAAAGGGCCAACAAAGAUACAGCCAGAUGAUACAUUUGUGAAUCCAAAGUAAGGGAAAAUAAAGUUUUACUUAACUUUUGCCCAAGGCUACCACACAGCAUUUGUAUUGUCAAAGUUUAGUUUCCCGCUCAGACACAUCACAGUUUUUUGGGGUUUUUUUGAGGGGGGGGGUUUAUAUAAUGUGAAUCACUGCCAAUGCAGAUCAUAAUGCAUUUUGAUUAUGCUUACCAGAUAGCCUUUUGUUUUCUGUUGCCUGCACAUCCUCUGCAUUUAGAACAGCUUCCAGGGCCAAGAUGCACAGAUUUUAUAAUGCAACAAAUGACAUUAACACACUUAGAUGUAAGCAAGAAUAAGGUAUUCUAACUUGUUUUGUUGCAAAAUAAUGGCAGAGAAAUAUUUUGGUGGUUUAAUGGUCAUCCCUUCAAAGUGGAUUAACAAUACCAUGUCUGUCAGAGCAGUAACAUCAUACAGCUGUGUUCAGGCCUACGAACUCAAAAUGUAGUGCACACCUAACUGUUUCCUUGCUUUUGUUUUGUUGGAAACUGAUUCCUGUAUAAUGUUUCAUUGCUUAACCACUAAUGAUUUAAUGAAUAAAAGCUGUUUGGUUCACA